CUGUCCAACACGUGAUCCCAAGUUUUAAGCCUCCAACUUUAGCUCAACGACGUACGUAACUCCAAAACAAAACGGCAAGAGUCUCAAAACGACAUACUGUUUUAGCUCUCGUUUCUCUUCCUCCCGUUCGUUCUUUUUCUCUAUUUGGUCGUAUAAAAUCUUCUUUUUAUUCGAAAAAAAUCCGAAAGGAAUCAAUGGAGGGGCUGAUAAAAUACCCUCAAAUAGAACCAGAAGACAACCAGUUUCAAUUCUUCUCUUCCCAGGAUCUGGAAAAAGUGGAGGAAAGUAGAGAAAAAUGUACUCUUGUAAAUACCGAUGUUAUGCAAGAUGGAAAGCAGCUUAAAAGAUCUGAAAGUCAAGUGCAUCCUAGAGUUAGUGGAUGCAAUAGUAUGGAAAUUCUUUCCAGCGAUGGAAAUCAGAAAAAAGGAGAAGCUUUUUACUAUGAUACCCCAUUUUCUGAAGAAACUGGAAUUUGGGUACCUGUGUCUGUCCCUCCUGUGUCUGAAAAUAAACAUGAAGAAUGGGAUAGAGGCCUAUGUCUGAAUGGAGGAUACUUUCCUGAUGAUGGUGUGCGAUCAAAUCAGUUUAUUGAAGAAAGUAAGGAUCUGACCAUGUGGGAUGUGCUCAGUGAGAUGUUAAUAGCCGCUCGAGGCAAAGUGAGUUCUAUAGCUUCAGGUGAUGUUCAAAGAUAUGGGAUCACUUGGUUUUCCAGCCAUCUUCUUGAACAAACUUGGAAAGAGAUGGCUCAAACGCUUGCAGAAGCUAAUUUUGGUAACAUCAAUGAAAUUCUUGAAGCAGAGCCACCAAAGUGGUUGGCUGACAGUGCUGCUUCUAAUUGCAUGUUAUGUAAUGUGCGGUUCCAUCCUAUAAUGCGCUCCCGUCAUCAUUGCCGAUUCUGUGGUGGGAUAUUCUGCAAUGAAUGUUCUAAAGGGCGGAGCUUGUUACCAAUGAAAUUCCACAUGGGGAACCCACAACGAGUAUGUGAUGUUUGUUGCGUGAGGCUUGAGCCCGUCCAACCAUACUUGAUGGACCACAUUAGUCGUGCUGCUCAGUUGCCUACCCAUGAUCUGACAGACCUCAGUACGUUAAGAUCAUGGCUGAAUUUCCCUUGGGGCCAAUCCAUGGAAUAUGAGAUUUAUAAGGCUGCAAAUACCAUUAGCAAUUAUAGUAAGGUUGGAUCCUUGAAACCUGAAAAGUCCAUACCUGAUGCUAUUUUAAGACAAGCAAAAGGGCUUGCAAUUCUUACUGUUGCAAAGGUCGGGGUUAUGGUGACUUACAAUAUUGGAACAGGGCUUGUUGUUGCUCGUAGAGAUGAUGGAUCAUGGUCUCCACCAUCUGCAAUAGCUUCCUGUGGUGUUGGCUGGGGAGUUCAGGCUGGUGGUGAAUUUACGGAUUUCAUUAUUGUAUUGAGAAAAGAAAGUGCUGUUGCAACAUUUAGUGGAAACAUGCAUUUAUCGGUUGGAGCAGGGUUGAGUGCAGCUGCUGGCAUUGUUGGGCGAGCUGCUGAAGCUGACAUACGUGGGGGCUCUGGAGGUUAUGCUGCUUGUUAUACAUACAGCUGUAGUAAAGGUGCAUUUUUGGGGUGCUCACUUGAAGGAAGUGUAGUGACAACCAGAAACCAAGAAAAUUCUAGAUUUUAUGGUAAUCCAUCUAUCACUGCUUCAGAUAUUCUUCUCGGUUCACUGCCUAUGCCUCCUGCUGCUUCCACUCUUUAUCAAGCUCUCUCAAAUCUAUUUGCAAAGCUCGAGAGAUGAUUGGUUCUGCAGUCCAUUUAAAAGUAUUGUGGUUUCGUUCUGUUAAUUUACUGGAAGGUGAAAAGGUGCCUCGUAUCAACAUGUAAAUUCCUCUCCUCCUCUCCUCUAUGAUCAACUUCAACAUUCAUUCUUUUGUCUCGGGCCAAUUUGUUAAGAGUUGUAUAGUUCCGGGAAUUGGGGAAAACUUUCAUUUGGAUACAAGUUAGAUGAGAUUGUCGGAAGUGAUGGAUUUGAGUUAAAAUUUAUUUGCAUUUAGCCGUCUCGUGCCACUGAGGUGUGUACAUUAGAAAGAGAUGGUGUGUUUAACGUUUGAUACUUGGUUCAUGAUAAUCUUGUUUGGAAA